AAAAGCGGUGUGAGAAGCAGAUGAUUGGUAAAGCAAUUGGCCAAAAUAUUGACAAAAAAAAGAGCCAAUUUUAGGCAAUUUUCCAAAAGUAUCUGUGACUCGCUGCAGAGUUCCGUUCUUAUGUCGUCCCCAUCCCCGGUCAUCAUUCUCUUCGCACGCGGUAUAUUGGCACGUCUCAAACUAUGGCCAGCUCUUCGAAUCGCUGUCCAUAACUCCUGGGGAGGCCCGGAGUCGGCUGAAAAACGACGUUGGCUUGCGGGUGUCAUUGUUGAUCAGUACGAAGAUCACGUCCCACAAACAGAUGCACCGUCCACAUCGCAAUCCGGGCUAGGCCUUGGAACGGCCCCCGAUGCUUCUUACGUCGAGGAAAUGCUGCUCCAAAUCAUGUUUGAUGAAUUCGAGGUCACGCUGGAGGACAAUAGCGCAUAUGACGUUGCGAGGGACAUCGUUAGGCUUUGGGAAGACGUGUGCGGCGGUCGAGAUACACUUGUGAAGGAGUGGGAAGCCCAAGCAGAGAGGAUCAAGGGAAAUGUGCCGCGGAUGGAGGAGGGUGCACGUAGUGGGAGCGACUGCGAGGAUACCGACGAUGACGAAGGGGAAGAUAGUGAUGUCGAUAUGGAGAGAGGGGAGGGCAAUCGUGAAGACGUGCCGCAAUUAUUGGACCAUUCGAGACAUCAACCCGAAGUAGACGAAGAAGGGUUCACAACAGUUCGCAGGAAAGGACGAAGAUGAAUGACCUCAUCGAUCACCGUGUAGUGGUGAAUUUCUCCUCUGUACAUUCGUGAAUUCUGUGUCCACCAGACCACAAAAACAUCGAUGCAUGCGAUCAGCUGUAGACUUGGAAUGACAUCUGAAUUUCUGCUACAGUAUUACUAGCGUACAACUCCGAAGUGAGGGGGAAACACCCAUGACACUUUGUACGGAUGGGUGAUAUGCAUUCUGUGCAUCGGUGUUCUUCAUGCGGUGAAUUUUUGAAUUUGUUCGUGCUCUCGUAGCUUGAGGCAAUUCAAACGGAAGGUUCAACGCUGGC